UGUAGUGGGCGCGGGCGGGACUACGGCCCCCACAGUGCCCCGCGCGGCGAGGGGCGCACUGCGGCUGCGCGGCGGCGGGCCGGGCGCCGUCGGGCUGGGCGGCGGCAGCGACGGCAGCGGCGGACAGGAGCCCGGCCUGACCCUCGCUGGGAGCAGCGUGAGCCGGCCGCGGGCCACCAUGUCGGCGCCGUCGGAGGAGGAGGAGUACGCGCGGCUGGUGAUGGAGGCGCAGCCCGAGUGGCUGCGCGCUGAGGUGAAGCGGCUGUCGCACGAGCUGGCCGAGACCACGCGCGAGAAGAUCCAGGCGGCCGAGUACGGGCUGGCGGUGCUGGAGGAGAAGCACCAGCUCAAGCUGCAGUUCGAGGAGCUCGAGGUGGAUUACGAGGCCAUCCGCGGCGAGAUGGAGCAGCUCAAGGAGGCGUUUGGACAGGCGCACACUAACCACAAGAAGGUAGCCGCGGACGGCGAGAGCCGGGAGGAGAGUCUGAUCCAGGAGUCGGCCUCCAAGGAGCAGUACUAUGUGCGCAAGGUGCUGGAGCUGCAGACGGAGCUGAAGCAGCUGCGGAACGUGCUCACCAACACUCAGUCGGAGAGCGAGCGCCUGGCGUCCGUGGCGCAGGAGCUGAAGGAGAUCAACCAGAACGUGGAGACCCAGCGUGGCCGCCUGCGGGAUGAUAUCAAGGAGUACAAGUUCCGAGAGGCCCGUCUGCUGCAGGACUACUCGGAGCUGGAGGAGGAGAACAUCAGCCUGCAGAAGCAGGUGUCCGUGCUCAGGCAGAACCAGGUGGAGUUUGAGGGCCUCAAGCACGAGAUCAAGCGUCUGGAGGAGGAGACCGAGUACCUCAACAGCCAGCUGGAGGACGCCAUCAGGCUCAAGGAGAUCUCGGAGCGGCAGCUGGAGGAGGCGCUGGAGACGCUGAAGACAGAGCGCGAGCAGAAGCUCAGUCUGCGCAAGGAGCUGUCCCACUACAUGAGCAUCAACGACUCCCUCUACACCAGCCACCUGCACGUCUCCCUGGACGGCCUCAAGCUUGGCGACGACGCCGAGGCUCUGGCCAACGGCUUCGAGCACGGCAGCCUGGCCAAGCUGCCGCUCGACAACAGAACCUCCACGCCCUCCAAGGACGGUCUCGCCCCGCCCUCCCCCAGCCUGGUGUCCGACCUCCUCAGCGAGCUCAACAUCUCCGAGAUCCAGAAGCUGAAGCAGCAGCUGGUGCAGCUGGAGCGGGAGAAGAUGGGCCUGCUGACGACGCUGCAGGACACACAGAAGCAGCUGGAGCAGGCGCGGGGCGCCCUGUCGGAGCAACACGAGGAGGUGAGCCGCCUCACGGAGAACCUCGGUGCCCUGCGGCGCCUGCAGGCCGGCAAGGAGCGGCGGACGGCCCUGGACAGCGAGAAGGAGCGGGACAGCCAUGAGGAUGGUGACUACUACGAGGUGGACAUCCACGGCCCCGAGAUCCUGGCUUGCAAGUACCGCGCGGCCCUGGCAGAGGCCAGUGAGCUCCGAGAGCAGCUGAAAGCCCUGCGCAGCGCGCACGAGGCCGGCGAGGCCCGGCACGCGGAGGAGAAGGGCCAGCAUGAGGCCGAGAGCCAGGCGCUCGCCGAGAAGGUCUCCCUGCUGGAGAAGGCCGGCCGCCAGGACCGCGAGCUGCUGGCCCGGCUGCAGGCAGAGCUGAAGAAGGUGAGUGACGUUGCGGGUGAGACGCAGGGCAGCCUGAGCGUGGCCCAGGACGAGCUGGUGACCUUCAGCGAGGAGCUGGCCAACCUCUACCACCACGUGUGCAUGUGCAACAACGAGACACCCACCCGCGUCGUGCUGGACUACUACCGAGAGGGCGCGGCUGGCGCCGGCCACGGCAGCCCUGAGGCCCGCGAGCGCCGCUCGCCCGUCCUGCCCAAAGGACCGCCGGCCGCGGAGGCUGGGGCCGGGGACAGCAGCCCUUCGCCCAGCCCUUCCCUGCCCUCGCCUCUGAGUGACCCGCGCCGGGAGCCCAUGAACAUCUACAACCUGAUCGCCAUCAUCCGCGACCAGAUCAGGCACCUGCAGGCAGCCGUGGACCGCACCACGGAGCUGUCGCGGCAGCGCCUGGCCUCCCAGGAGCUGGGCCCUGCCUCGGAUAAGGACCGGGAGGCACUCAUGGAGGAGAUCCUCAAGUUGAAGUCUCUGCUGAGCACCAAGCGGGAGCAGAUCACCACGCUGCGCACGGUCCUCAAGGCCAACAAGCAGACGGCCGAGGUGGCCCUGGCCAACCUGAAGAGCAAGUACGAGAAUGAGAAGGCCAUGGUGACCGAGACCAUGAUGAAGCUGCGUAACGAGCUGAAGGCCCUCAAGGAGGACGCGGCCACCUUCUCCUCGCUGCGGGCCAUGUUUGCCACCAGGUGUGACGAGUACAUCACGCAGCUGGAUGAGAUGCAGCGGCAGCUGGCAGCCGCCGAGGACGAGAAGAAGACGCUCAACUCUCUGCUGCGCAUGGCCAUCCAGCAGAAGCUGGCGCUGACCCAGCGGCUGGAGCUGCUCGAGCUGGACCACGAGCAGACCCGGCGGGGCCGCGCCAAGGCCGCCUCCAAGGCCAAGCCGGGCACCCCGAGCGUAAGUCACACCUGCGCCUGCGCCAGCGACAGGGCCGAGGGUGCCGGGCUCGCCACUCAGGUGCUCUGCGGCGAGAAGUAUAACAUUUACUGCGAUUAGGGCCACGGGGCCGCAGCUGCCGCUACCCUGCCGCACGCCACCCGUCCGCUUCUCCUCCACUAACCCAGCAGCAGCGGGACUGCGGUGCUAGGCUGGUCUUAACCGUGACUAAUGCGCAGAGGGAAGGAUUUGGCCGAGGCGGCGUGCUCUUCCACCCGGACCCUGUGAGCUUGGUGUCUGUUCUCGCCCCUCGGGACCGCCCUUCACAGCAGCUACUCUCUCGGUGGGGGGAGGGGGGUGUCCUUGCAAAAACGUGGCUUCCCAGGGCCUGUGCGCCGUCGGCUCCUGCAGGGGGAGGGGGACAGAGCCGGAGUUGAAACUUGCAUGUUCCCCGCACGUGUCUAAUGCGCGGCGACGCCGGGACCGGCAGCAGUGCGAGGUUCCGGCCCGAGUGCGAGGCACGGCCUCAGCCGAUGCGCGUGGCUUGGCACAGUUUACAGAGACAACUCCUUCGUAGUUUGUGCGGCAUCUCACUGCACGUCGUAUUUGGGUCACGAGAACAGAAUUCCCUCCCGCAGCCCCGCGUCCUGCAGCCCCUCGUCCUCCAGCCCAGGCGCCUGUGGGCGGGGGCCCCGCUCGUGCUCACGUGGCUCAGACACGCCCGCCACACCUGACACCAGGGCUCAGCAGGCUCAGCCUCUCUGAGAUCUGCACGCCUAUCUGGUGGCCUGUGAGGUGACACAUCGGCAGGUCCCAGGCCUGGGGUUUGUCUUUUUUUUCCAAGAGAAAAACUUCUUAAGUGCCUGGCCAGACUCUGUCCUCACAGGGAGCCCGUCCUUUUAUACUUCGAGGUUCCCCAGCCUCCGGGGUGGGUUUUCCACUCUCUGCGAUCCACGCGAUCAGAUCCCCAUCACAGGGCUCUAAAAUGAGGGGCUCCCACGUCUGUACCCAGAGCCCAGCCCCGUGUGGGAAGGGCACCCCGCCUGGGCCCAGGCCCGUUUGGGACCCCGCAGCGGGUGCGUGGCCUGCCCCAGCCGUGCGGCCGCGGAGGUAGUGACAGGUGAGCAGCUGCAGGGCUCUCUGCUCCCGGCGUUUGGCAUCAUGCCACGCGAGUUCCCACAUUUGGGAGCAGGACUUCUCAGUAUUUACCCCUGUCGCCCGGUGGGGGCUGCGUGACGCGAGGCUGCAGCAGUCUUCUCCCCGAAGGGCUUCUUGCCUCUCUCUCCAUGGCCCCGGGGAGCAUCUGCGCUGCCCUCACACAGCUCCCGCCCCUCCCCCCAUCCCCAGCAGACUCCAGGUGCUGCGUGGACCACCUUGGGUUUGGCCAACGGCCGGAGCAGGAAGACAGGGGUCGGGCUGCUCUGCUGACGGGAUGUUGGGUCUCGAGGCCCCCUCCCGCCCGAGGAGGGGUCUUCCAGGGGCCUGGCUGCCCGCUGGCCCCGCACGUCGCUUCUUCCCUCCGCCGAGCCUGGCACGCGGCUUCUUGUCCAUACAAGGCACCGCCCCCCUAACCCACGCAGGUUUUCUCCGCGUCUGCUGCCGACUAACGCACCACGUCCUCGCCCGGCCAGAGCUUCGGUGGUCGGGCCGGUGCCGGUUCUAACGCUGUCUUGUUUUCUCCCGUUUUCAGCUGUAGAGUAGCUGCCGGGAGGACUCGGCCGCGGCCCUGUCACACUGCAGCCCCUCCCCCUCCCGCGGGCCCACGCAGAGGAAGGAAGGGCAGCCUAAAAGUCCACUUAGAAACCUGUUUGGAUAUGCCACUGCAGUUCUUUCCAAGUUAGCAUUCCCUGAGUGUUUAAUGGCAGAGGACAUAAAGCUUUAAUGUUGAGAAUGCCGCCAGCUGCUUGCCUGUACGGUGCUGAAGAACCUGCUCGGACAGCGGCCAUCAGGCUCGCUUAGAACCCGCUAGAAACGCUCAACACCGGGGUCUCCCUGUUACAGAUGCCCUUUUAUAUCCCAUCAACCUGUGCACUUUUGAUAUUUUGAUAUUAUUAUAUUUGCUUCCUUGAUCCCUCCCAUAGAGACGGUCUCAGAUGCCGUGGUCUCGUGGUCCUGUAGCGCUCCGUCUUAGCUCCCGCCGUGUUGAUCUGGUGUCAGCACGUGGCACGGACGUGUUUCCCCAGCGUGUAGCUCUAGACUGUUUAGGUGAAGGCCUCGACCCGGCAAGGAGCCACGCUGUGGUUCAGCAGCCUUUUAGGUUAUGCGGCAUUAUGGUUCAUGUUUGAAAUUACAGAUUUUAAAUGCCAUGUUCAUUAAGAAAUCCAGGGUAUUCCAAUUCUGGGGUUUUUCAUAUUGUAUUAUUAUUAUUCUUAGGAAUAGUUCAAUGUAACAAGAAGAAAACUUGACCUUUGCUCUGGUUAAACAGUAAUAGGCACUUGAAAACAAAAAGAUAAAUUAUUGAAUGAGUAGUAUUACCUACAAAUUCCAGAAUCUUCUGGGUUUUAGGACAUUGUGAAGCAUGACUGAUUAACAGAAUUUUAUACAACUGUACCAGUGAAAUUCCAAAUUGGAAUUGUUUUGUUACUCUGGUUGUUGUGCCAGAUUGUGGCACACUUAGAAAAUCCUACAGCCGUCGGUUUCUAGGGUGUUCUGUCUCAACGCCUUUUUGUUAGUAAUCAUUGCCAGUAGUGCCUUCAUCAGUUAAGGGAGGUGUCCCAGCGCAGUUCGUGCUCUAAAAUGGACAGUGAGGAGCUAGUUGGGAAUGUUGAAGGCCAGUGUGGACCAGUAGGUGUGAACGGGUGCACACCUUCAUACCUGAACCUGGGCAUCUUCAUCGAGGGAAAGAAAACAGCGAUUGUGCAAAAUUCUGUUAGUCAGUGAUUCUUUACUGUGCAGAUCCUUGCAAAUUCAGGGGCUGAGAAAAGGAAAGUGAACACACACCUCGAGUGUGCUUUGGGAACCAAAUGGACUUGAGGGACAAGCUAAGCCAGCGGUGUGGACGACACGCCAUGUUUGUGAAGAGCGGGCGGCAGGGGCGCCAGCUGUCGGCCUCGUGCAGGGGUGAGGGCUAGCCGUAGUAUUCUUUGCAAAUGUGAGGAAGAGACGUUCUGUAUUCUCUUGCUUGGUGUAACUAAUCGCUGUUAAUUUCAGGAAACAGAACUCGGUGAAGCCCCUCAGCAGUCCAGGGCUGUGUCCCGUCGGGUUUGCUGAGUGAGGCUGUGCAUACGGUAAAAUUGGUACUCACAGAAGGAGAAAGUGUCCUCUCUUCUCCAAAAUAAAGGACAAAUUAUAAUAAUAUAUAAGUAGCAAGGGUCAAAGAAUUCUGUUUCCUGGAAUAAGCAUUUCUUCUUCCUAGUUGUAGGGACCCCUAUUUUUACCUUCUAUUACAGUGUCGGUCCAUAAGAAAUAAUGUUACAUUUACAAUAACUUCACCUGUAUGGGGUAUUUAUUUGCAAUGAUGUCUGAGUACUGUAUUUUUUCUGUGCAUUACCUUAGUGUCAGAAUGUUGUCUUUAUUUUAAGAUCAUAUGCAUGUUCUCCUGCCAAGGAACCUUUACACAGACCCAAACAAACAAACAAACAAACAAACAAACAAAAAUGCAUUCUAAUUCUGAGAAAGUGAGGCAGAGCCUGGAAAAGGAGUAGGAAGGAACGGUCAAUCUCGACUUGGGACACGGGCGUCUGGUGCAAAUGUCUGCAAAGCCAGUGCACAUAGGAACAUGGGCCUGGUAAGGGUCACGUGGUAGGACCAAUAAAUAAAGAAUAAUAAAAAGCACAAGACUUGUUCCGUGUGGCUGCUCUGCCCCCUCCUUCAGAUGAAUGCGGGUCCAGCAAUGCAUCGUAAUUCCAGGGCCUGAAAUGAGACCAGCCGGUCAGUAACCCUAGCGGUAGGAACUGGAGGCAGCCUGGGACCUGUUUCAGGAGGUGUGGGGAGGUGGGGAGGCACGGGGUGCCUCUGGCAGUGAGCAACUGUCAUGAGUACCCAGCGGCAUGGCAGGGAGAGCACAUGGCCGUCGUGCCGUCCUCCCCAAGAGGCAGAGGUUUGGAUCGUGUGGGGUCCUUCUGCCCUGACUCUUGCUCCGUGAACUUAGGGAUGAGUAGAUGCAACGAGAGUGACCUGUUUGUCAGUGCAAAGCCACGUGCACCUGCAGGAAUGUCUGAGGUGUGCUGGGCCCGUCCUGGUGUGAGCAGAGGGGCAAAUCCUGGCUGAGGGAGCGGGAAGCCCUGGGCACACUCUGGCGCUGUCCUUCUGACAGCCGCAGUCGGACCCAAGGAGCUGCCCAGACCUCAGGGCAGCUGUCUGAGGCCAGGGUCUCCCUCCCCCUGGGGUCUCCCCUGGCCCUGUGGCUGCUGCAAGGCCGCUUCCUCUCAUGAUCCGUGGCUGGCAUGAGUAGCGGCUGCCUGAACCCGUGUCCAAUUUGAAACCUCUUUCAAAAGAGCCCUGUUUUUCUGAGUCGGUAGCUAGAAGAAAUCCACCUCCCCUGCUGGCUCAUGCUGCCCCACCAGGCUCCGGGAGCAGGGGGGAAAGACAGCCCCCGACAGACCUGGAGGAGGGCGUGUGCUGGCGGUGGGCUGGGCAGGGCAGGCGUCACCCAGCCCUAGGCUGCUACCAUGUGCGAGGCGUGCUGUGGCCCUGGCCCAGUCCUGUCCACUGGGGUAUUUGACUCACAGGCACAGAUGCUGAGGCUUUCUCCCCCCACCCCUCACCGCUCCCCCUAUGUACUCUGGAUUCUUUCAGGGGUGGAGUGGCAGCCUCCUGAGGGCGAGUGGGGGGUCAGUUGGCCCUGAAAGGCCUCCCGCUCAGCCUUCCCUUCCAAGGGGGAAUGUCCCUUAUUCCCACCACCUUGUCUGUUUCCCUGCAGUGGUUUUUACCCCAACAUCUGGCAGGUUACCAGAGCUGGAAACGACAGUGCCAGCUUAAAGACAGACCUUUGGCUGAAUUGCCCCCCCUCAGUGGCUCACUUACCCUGACUGACUUCUCUCUGAGCCUCAGUUUCCCCACUGUAGGAUAAGGAUGAUAGUUCUUGGCUCAGAGGUUGUUGUGAAAUUUCAUCAAGCCCUAGGUAACUGGCAUACAGAAGGUGCCCAGCAGAUGACGUGGUAAACAGUUCUUGCUGACAUUGUCAUUAUCACCAAGGUCUGGGAUGCCAGGCCGUGGGGCUCGUCCUUUGUCCGGUAGGAGUGAGAGUUUCAGUCAGCUUUUAACUAAAGUGUAAUUUGCAUUUAGGAAAGCGUAUUCAUCCUAACUUUCACUCCGGAUGUGCACACAGUGAACACAGAUGUGUAACCAGCAACUACAAAGUUCCCUGGCUACCCUCCCCGCCAGGGCUGCCUUUUGAAGCAGAUCAUAAUGGGGGGACUGACUGCUGUCUGCCAGCAUGGGAGCCUGCUGGGACAACAGAGGUACCUGCACUCUGAUGUCACCUGGCAUGGGAUCUCGGCAGGGAUGGGCUGCCAUCAGAUUUUCCUGAGAACGUGCUCACCUUUCAGCCGUGUCCAAACAGCGGAGCUGGAAGGGCUCUGUGUUACCAUUUUGGCAAACUUCUUGUGGCCAAGCACGCUGGCUCUUGUGAGUUUACCUCAUUCAUCCCUGAGCCUGCUUUUGUAAACCCAGGUCCCUAAGGUGGGGACCAUGCACAUGGAGCUUCUCCUAAGCAGGACAAGGCAGUGCUGCAGUACCUCACCCACAGAAAAGGUCUGCGUGGAUACCAUGACCACACCUUGUCCUGGGCCUCCUGGGAGGAGAGAGCAAUAAUAGAAUCUCUGUCUCUCUGUCUCUGUCUCUCUCUCUCUCUGUCUCUCUCUGUGUCUCGCGUGCGCACACACACACACACACACACACAUUCCUUUUGUUCAUCUCCCUCUCAAGUAGGGAAUUAAGAUUUGUUUUAUUUACCCAAAAGUGUUAAGGAUAGCACACCAUAUAGGAGACCGCACACAAGUGUCCGCUGACUGGAGUUCUGCACACUGCACGCCUACACCCACCACCCUCACGAGAAGUGGAUGAGGGCAGUCCUGCAGGGCGUUCGUGCACUCUGCUCCCGCUCUUCCUCCCAGGGUAACCCCGACUCUGUACAGGCUGCUUGUAUUUCUGUACUUUACAAAAUGGAAGCAUACACUAGACAGCCAGAGCUGGGAUAAAUUUACUUACCAAACCGCGUUGAUUUCCCACACCGUGAUUGAGCUGUGCAUUCAUAAGUGACUUGCUUUAGAUUCAAAGGCAUAUAUAUCAGUUGAAUGUAAAAGAAUGGAAAAAAAUAUUCCAUAAAAACAGCCACAAGAGAACAGGAAUGGCUGUUCUAGUAUCAGACAGAAUAGACUUUAAGACAAAAAUUGUUAUGAGGGACAGUGAAGGAAGGACAUAUAAUGAUAAAAGAGUUAAUUCACCAAGAAGAUAGAACAAUUAAGUGUGCACCGAACGAAAGAGCCCCAAAAUAGACCGAGUAAAAGCUGCCAGAAUUGAAGGGAGAAAGAGUUCAAUAAGAACUGGAGACUUUAACACCUCACUUUCAAGAGUAGAACAAGACAGUAUCCAAAAGGAAGUAGAAUAAUACCAGGUCCAUAAGCCAGCUAGACCUAACACAUCCAAGGCAGACGCCAAACAGCAACAGGAUACACGUUCUUAGGAAGCAUACAUGACACGGAACAUUCUCCAGGCAGGAUAAGCCGUCUGUUAAGCCACAAAACAAUAAAUUAGAGAUUGAAAUCGUGCAAACCAUAUUGUCCCAUGAUAAUAGAAUAAAAUUAGGAAUAAUAAUGAAAUGUGGGAAAUUCACAAAUAUGUGUAAGUGAAACUACUCUUCAUCACUGUGUCAAGGAGGAUAUCAAGAAAUAAGGAAGAUCUCGAGUCAAUAACCUCUCACCUUAAGAAAGCAGAAGAAAAGAACAAACAGCCCAAAGCAACCAGAGGGAAGGAGAUGGCAAAUACUAGAGUGGAGAUAACAAAACCAGGCAAUAGGAGGAAAUGGAGAAAAUCACCAAAAAUCAAAAGUUGUUUCUUUGAAAAGAUCAGCAAAAUGACAGGCCUCUAGACCAUGAAUAAAGACUCUACUAAAAAUUAGAAAUGAAAAUGGAGAAAUUACUUCUGAUUUUACAGAAAUAUAAAAGAUUACAAGAAAGUACUAUGAACAGUUGUGCACCAAGGAAUGAGAUCACCUAAACCCCCAAAUGUAGCAGAGAAAAGGAAAUAGUAAAUAGAGCAGGGACGAAUGAACUAGAAGAAUCAGUACAAAAAAAUCAACAAAACCAAAAGUUAUUUCCUAGAAAAGGUUGACAAAUUGUCAAACCUUUGGCCAGACUGAAAAACAGAGAUGACUCAAGUUAGAUCAGUGAUGAGAGUCGGGAUAUUAAUAGCAACUUGACAUGAAUAAAAAGGAUUGUAAGAUGAUACAACAAUGCUAACAAAUUAGAUAACCUUGAUAAAUUGGCAGGUCACUAGAAUCACACCAACUAUGAAAACUGGCUCCAGAAGAAAUAAUCUUAAAGACAUCGAAUGAGAAAUUGAAUCACUACUCAAACCUCUUCCAGCAGAACCUCCAGUUUCUGGUCCAACAUGUAAAGAUCUUCCAAGUCAUCACUUUGCCCUAACAAGUGAAAAACUGAACAAACUGAAAAACCAACAGCCCUUCGUGCAUCUGUCAGAGAAGUGAGGUCACUGGGCACAGCCCUGUCCCCCAAAUUAUAGAAACAGCUAGGUACAGAGAAUUACAACUUACCAAAGCAGUUAUCACCUGGACAGGAAAGCAAACUGUAAUUGGCAGGUUGCUUGAAGCUUAUGAGGGAAGCCCAGUCCUAAGGGACCCUUACACUUCUGUGAGUUUUACCUCCAGCAGCUCUGCUGUGUUCUCACUGAGAUCAGAGAAAAGUCCUCUUGGGUUUCCCUCCAGCAGCAGAAGGAGGCAGGGAGCCAUUUUGAAAUAUCCUAGGGCAUUCUGCUCUUAACCAUGCCUCCUCUCAGGACAAACUAUUUUACCAUAGCCUGAGCAACCUAGGGGAAGGGAAGUACCCAACUCCACUCCCCUCGGGCCAUACUUUACUACCUGAAGGUGUGAAAGGAAGAAAAAAUCUGUGAAGCACCUGUGGAGUUGAGAGCCCGCGGCACAGGUGCUGGAAUCACAGGCCUUGCCGUAGGCUUCUGGAAUGCUUCCUCUUCCCUGCACCUUACCAGUCUUUUACUAAUGCCUAUUUACCAUGGUUCUCUUUCCCCAGUACAUCACGAUCUGGCUUUCAACAAAAACUUAAGCAUAAUGAAGUGAAAGAGAAAAAAAAAAAAAAAAAAAGGCAAAACAAAACACCAAA